CGGGAAGAAAGCUUGGUCUCUUCGCUAUCACACUUCUUGGUGGCAUGCCGGGUUGUUCGUCAAUCGACACACAUACCAAAGAUCCGUUGAAAGGCACCGAGAUAGAACGACGGCGAUGGCGAGUUUACAACGCCUGCGCGCCUUUACCACAUGCGACGUGAGUUGAAAAGCCCACCCGUCGCCCUCAGAAGUGUUCCCUGAGUCGUUGCUGAACCGCGGGCGCUGUACCCGUCCACAGAUCGGCGACGCGCUGGUGAAGCUGAAAUACCCGUUCGGCGGCUUCCUGGACGGCAUCAAGAUGUACUCGCCAGACGACGCGGCGGCCACCAAGACCGUCUUCGGCGCCGCCGUGACCGUCAAGAUGGUCGAGAUGAGCGACCGGCACGCCCCGCGCCCGCCGCGGCACUUUGCCGACUGCAAUGAGGCCGGCAAGGUCAUGUACAUCCAGCAGCCCAAGGGCCUGUACUCGGCGUGCUGGGGCGGGCUGAUGUCGACGCGGGCCAAGCACCUGGGCGCCGCGGGGGUGGUGAUCGAUGGACGCAUGCGCGAUGUCCGCGAGCAUCGAGAGAUGGGGUUCCCGGUCUUCGCCCGCGAUACCUCCAUCCUGGGCUCCAACACCUUCACCCGCGCCUCCGAGGUCAACACCCCCUUACAGUUCCAGGGCGACCUGUGGAUCCACCCGGGCGACAUCCUGGCGGGCGACUCUGACGGGGUCGUCGUGGUGCCGCCCUCGCUGGUGGACCAGGUCGUCGCCCUGUGCCAGGAACGCGCCGAGAUCGACGAGAAGACGUUUGCGGCGCUGCGGGCCGGCGAGGAGAUGGGCCCGACCAUCAAACGACUUCGGAAGGAGUGAGGGGGGGAGAGGAUCCCGCGGGACGUAGGUGGCUGUAGUAGUUGUCGAUGGAUUUCAGCGUAUCGGACGAAUGUGAUCUAGUUUUCUGUUUCCUAGCGCCAGGAAGUGUUCGAAAAGUUGUGGAUGGUGUGUCAUCUCCCUAGACUCGCAGGGGCAAGUGUAGGUAGGUUGGUCGAAUUGGUAUGUCGCAUAUGAUCGAGAAAGCAGUCAAAAGAAGAGGUUUGGAUAGGUGCCCAAGGUAGAUGGACUUGAAUUGAUAGGGUGCUUUAGG